AUGGCACGGCAGCUCUCGGGUGCGGUUGCCGCCUUGGUUGUGGUUGCCCUAGUACUGUGCGCCUCUGAAGCUGCGCAAGCACCUGCGCCGCGCGCGCUGCCGCCGCACGCCCAGGUUAUCAACCCGGGAAGAUUCAAGAGGGACCAGGAGACGGCGUGCGUUGACUCCGAGGGCAACAAGCCAGGCUGCGUAGCCAAGUGCAAGAAGCUAUGCCCCAACCAGUGCAUCGUCCUCUGCCCCAGCUGCGAGACAUUCUGCAUAUGCGAGUUCUACCCCGGCAUGUCCUGCGGUGACCCGCGCUUCACCGGCGGCGACGGCAACAACUUCUACUUCCACGGCAAGAAGGACCAGGACUUCUGCGUCCUCUCCGACGCCAACCUCCACAUCAACGCCCACUUCAUCGGCAAGCGCAACCCCACCAUGAGCCGCGACUUCACCUGGAUCCAGGCCCUCGGCAUCCGCUUCGCCGAUCACCGCCUCUACAUGGCCGCCCAGAAGACCGCCAAGUGGAACAGCGACGUCGACCGCCUUGACAUGGCCUUCGACGGCGAGCCCAUCCACAUACCCACCGAGAGCGGCGCACGGUGGGCGUCGCGCACCGUGCCGGGGCUGUCCGUCACGAGGACCGCCGCAACCAACAGCUUUGUGGUGGCGCUCAAGGGGGUGUUCGACGUCAUGGCCAACGUUGUGCCCAUCACCGAGGAGGACUCCAUCAUCCACAACUACGGGGUCACGGAGGAGGACAGCCUCGCGCACUUCGACCUCGGCUUCAAAUUCUACGACCUCACCGACGACGUGCACGGAGUCCUCGGCCAGACCUAUCGCACCGAUUACGUCAACCAGCUCAGCGUGAGCUCCAACAUGCCGAUCAUGGGCGGGGCGCCCAAGUACGUCUCCUCCGACAUCUUCGCCACCGACUGCGCCGUCGCAAGGUUUGGCGCCCGCCGCGACGGCAUCUCCAUGGUCACCGACAGGGCCUACUAAAGUUUCUUCAAAACU